AUAAUUUAGUCAGGACUCAGAAGCCAAUGCGCGCUAGCUCUCCGGUUCCUUAAGAAAAAACAGAGAGCGAAGGGGGAGCUGUACGAGUUAUGGGCUCCUUUUCUUCUCUUCCUCUUCUUUUCUCUCUCUCGCUUUUCUUCCUGAUUCUCCCACGCCCCAUACACGCUUAUACUCUCAAAGGAGUUGACCGUGGAAAUCCAGUUAUAGAUGUCAUUCCAUCCUUUCCUAGUGGACGUUUGCCUUCCCCAAGUUCAAAUGAUGCCUUAUAUUGUGAACGAGUUAAAGUGAGUGGCCUCUCGAGAUUAGAGGUCAGGAGUUAUUCUAGUUCGUUUCUAGUUUCUUUGUCUCCAUCUGCUGCAAUCCCAGAGAGAUUGCAUAGCAAAAUUCAAGUUUGUUUUCAUCGGAAUGCUUCGCUUGGAUUAUGUCAUUGUCAAAAGGAGGAGUGGAAAACUGUUCAGAAGGGCCUGUGGAUAUCUAUCAUGUCUCCUUACGAGGAAAAAUACGUUGAUGUGAAGUUCAUAAGUGAAAUUUCUGGUUCUGUCAGUAUCACUGUUGAAGAAGAUUUCCAGCAAUGGCGCCUUUUGUGUCUGGCAGUGGGAUUUCUGUUAUUAUUGCUGGCUCCAAUCGUCAGCAGUUGGGUUCCUUUUUAUUAUAGCACCUCAAUGGCUGUUGGUGUUUUCCUUGUCAUCAUAAUCCUUCUUUUCCAGGGAAUGAAAUUGUUGCCAACUGGAAGGAAAAAUUUCUUCUAUCUUUCCAUAUACGGAUCAGUGCUUGGAGCCGGCACUUUUGUUUUACAUCAAAUUUCAAUGCUGGUAAAUUCUGUUCUCAUCAACUUUGGGCUGAGUGAAGAGAUGCACAAUCCAGUCUUUGUAUUUGUACUAGUGGGGAUUGUUCUGGCUGGAGCUGCUUUAGGUUACUGGAUUGUUAGGAAAUUUGUAAUCUCAAAAGAUGGAAGUGUGGACGUUGGUGUAGCUCAGUUUGUGAAAUGGGCAAUGCGCAUCGUUGCAACCACCUUUAUUUUGCAGAGCAGUCUUGAUACUCCUUUAGCAAUGGUCAGCUUGGUUUCUUUGUAUACCAUCUGCUUUCUUAUCAAUGCAUUGAAGUGGCGGCAUCCAUUGCAUCAGUCGUAUUCUCGGGGUGGACAAGUAAUAGCCAAGCACAAUCGUGCUGAAUUCCUUAGCAGGUCAGCAAAAAUGAGCCCUGGAGGGAAGAUGUGGAGUAGUCCAAAGAGCUCAGCUGCUUGGUCCAACUCUCCUGUCAAAGGUUUAUUAUCAUCAUCUACUGGUUCAGGGACAAGAGAUGAACAGGUUUACUUUUCAACCUUCCACAAGACGCCCCAAAGAAAGAAGUUUACGAAAAAAGAGUGGGAGGAUUUUACGAGGGAAUCAACCCAGAAAGCUGUUGCAGAAUGGGCAUCAUCACCAGAAGUUGCUUCAUGGAUCAUUGAGAAUGCUGACCGAAUACAACUCCUUCCGAGUGAUUGCAGUUCUGAAGGGACGGUGGGAAGCGAGUCAGACUCAACAAAUGAGACUGAUGGUGGGAGCAGCAAACGAUUUAACUUGUUUAAUUGGUAGCAACAGAUAAAAAGUAGCAAUCAGGGAGCUAACUCUUACCUAGAUGUGCUGCACCAUCAAGCAACAGCAAUGAGCAGUGCGGCAAUUUUUUCAAAAUGAGCUAACCUUUUCUAUCUCAUUUUUGAAAUUGUUUCCAGAACUGGCCAAUGUAAUUUGAUUCUGCGGAAUGUGAGCAAUUAUGUAUUGUGGGGUUACAAGUUUCUCGUCGUCAUGUUAGUCUUUCAUGUUAUGUUGGCAAUUGGGUGCAACUUGAGGACAGUAAUGGUUUCAAUUUUGUCUGAAUUGGUUAGAGAGCGGUUCAUUGUUGGUCUUUUCUAGUUGAAGGGAGCAAGGUGCAGAGAUGGCAGUGUACAAGAUCUGUUUUACGCAUUAAUUGCAUUUGUGAAAUACUUUGAAUAUAAAAAAAAUAGAUGGAAGUGACGGUUUCCUAAUUAAUUUGAUUUGUAUUC